UCUUUUAUUGAAAAUAUAUUUCAUCGCUAGACACCAGGGCGUCUCUGACGGCGAAUCUUUGCACUAAAAUUAAAUUAAAAACAAAACACAGUUUGAUAUGCCCAGAAAGGCGCGCAAAGUUGCGGAGCCCGAAGAUCUGCAGUCCUUCCUCAACAGCAUCCCCCAGGAGAUCGAGGGCGGCAGCAAUGACAAGGUAAUGGACAAAAUAAUGGAAGUCAUCGAUGUGGAGGACGCUGUCCAGAAUUUGAUCGAAGAAGUCGAGGAAGAGGCCGUUGAAGAGGUAGAGGAAGAAGAAGAGGAGGAGUUUGAUGAGGACAAGUACUUCAUAGACGAUGAGGGCAACUGCUACAUCAAGACGACGCCAAAGAUUCAAAAAGCGGUCCAGAAGAAACUCAAGGAAGCAGCGGACAAGAAGGCCAAGCUAAAACGGGAGGCAAAAUCCCCGAACAAGACAAUCAAUCUCCGUCCUGCCACCUCACCGCCAAAAGGAAAUGCCAGCAAGGCAGCUCCCAUCAGUGUUCGACCCGCCCGGUCGGCAACGAAAGCAGCUGUGGCACCUAUUAAGCAAGAAGCUGUGGAAUCGAGCCGCGUAACCAGAGGCAGGGCUAAGCUGCAACCUAAAACAGAAAAGGAGGAAACCACCGACCUGCAGAGGGAGCUUGAGGAGCUGGUCGAUGACCCCGAUAUCAACAGCGUGGUUAGUCAUUUGGAGGACUAUGCUGUGGACACUUCUGUCCUUGGUGGCAUAGAGCAGCUCAACCAGGACGAGGUGUACGAGUUCGAGGAUCAAGGUCCGGUACCAGAGGCGGAAGACGACUCCUCGAAACAGGACGCUGUACUUACGGAGAAGCAAGUGAUCCAAAAGACGGCUAAAGCGCAAGCGAAAGGCGAUAGCGGUACCACGUACACUUGCUCCAAGUGUCCCUACACCGCCAAUAAGCGGUUCCUGAUCACCCGCCACUGCCGCAGUCACGAUGAGGAGCCCUCCUUCAAGUGCUCCAUCUGCGACCGGGCCUUUCGCACCAAGGCCAGCCUGGUAAACCACAUGAACACGCAUACCGGCACCAAGCCUCACAAAUGCAAGUCCUGCGACAGCGCAUUCGUGACCAGUGGCGAACUCAUCCGGCACACUCGCUACAAGCACACCAAGGAGAAGCCGCACAAGUGCUCCGAGUGCAACUACGCCAGCGUAGAGCUGACCAAGCUGCGUCGUCACAUCACCUGCCAUACGGGCGAGCGUCCCUACCAGUGCCCCGACUGCACCUACGCCUCCCAGGACAUGUUCAAGCUAAAGCGUCACAUGGUGGUCCAUACGGGCGAACGGAAGUACCAGUGCGACAUCUGCAAGGCGCGGUUCACGCAGUCCAACUCCCUAAAGUCUCACAAACUCAUUCAUACGGUGGUGGACAAGCCCUCAUUCCAGUGCACCUUCUGCCCCUCCACGUGCGGCCGCAAGGCAGACCUUCGCAUCCACAUCAAGCACAUGCACACCGCCACCAAGCCGCUCAAGUGUCGGCGCUGUGGCCAGGAGCUGCCCGAUCGCUAUCAGUACAAGCUGCACGUGAAGUCGCACGAGGGCGAGAAGUGUUACCGCUGCGAGCUCUGUCCAUACGCCUCGGUGACCAAGCGGCACCUGGACUCACACAUGCUCGUCCAUCUGGACGAGAAGCCCUUCACUUGCGAUCUGUGUCCGCAGACAUUCCGCCAGCGGCAGCUGCUGCGCCGUCACGUGAACCUCAUGCACAAUGACAACUACGAGCCGCCGAAGCCUCGCGAGAAAGUCCACCAGUGUCCGAGUUGCCCCCGGACCUUCACCCACAAAGGGAAUCUCAUCCGGCACAUGGAGGUGCACGACGACUCGGUGAAUGCGCGCGAGCAGAAGAAGCGCCUGAAACAGGGCAGAGAUCUGCGCAUCCUUCCGGAUGGCAAACUAAUUGAUCUCAAGGAUGACAACGCACUGGCUGACGACAGGGAGGAAGAGUGCUACGACCUGGCGGACAUCGAGCCAGAUGAGGAGGAGCUCCCCCCAGAGCCAGAGCCGGUAACAAGGAAGACCGUUACAAGGUCCCAGCCGGUGAUAAUCAACAAGCAUGCCAGGAAAUCGGGUACUUACAGCAAGAAACCCGUGAUUAUAAACAAGCAACUGCGCUCGCAGAGCAAGACCAACACGUUCCACAUCAAGGAGGAGCAGGAUACCUCGGACUUUACGGUGCAACUGCAGGACGACGACGGCCAGGUGAUGGUGGUGGAGUUGAUAAAUGGCGCCGAGGAGGUGGUGGUGAAGCGAGAGCCAGGUGGAAACACAAACAUCAGUGCCUCCAACUGCUUCGGCUUUGAGGAGGAUGGCGAGUUCGAGGAGUACAUAGAUCAGGAUAACGAGGUGGAGGCCGAGUCGCAGGAGUUCCUGCAGCUGAUGGACAUGAUAGAGCAGGAUGUGUAGUCCCUUGUUGAACCAUUAUGUUUAGUUAUUCCUAAGCUUAAAGUUAAAACUCUUAAAUUUAAUCGAAAUUAAGUAAUGUAAUAGCAUUAGCGUGCGGUGUUCAGUUGACAACUUUGCAUAAAUAUUUAUUUAAAUACAUACGUAUAUAUGUAUACAUAUA